AUGAUGCCGAGCAGCGAAAACCAAAUGGAAGAGGACGAGUGGGAACUGCAUCCAUUAUUUUUAUCCAAAAUUCCAAACAAAAAAGACAUUGAUAAGAACCCAGCUCUUUCAGCGCUGAUAACAUUGAUCAAUGAAGAAGAAGAGAAGGAAAUGUUCAGUUACGAACCAAGGAGAAAAAAUCUAAAGAAGAAAAUCACAGAAAAAGGCCAAAUUAUCUACAAAAAAGAUAGGCGGAAUUUUUACGAACCCUAUCAGAAGAACAAAAAUGAUCAGAUAAAUUAUUUUGAAAAAAAGAACCUCGGUGGGAAUGCGGAUGCUAGUAAGGAGGAGGAAGUUGUGGACGUGGAAGGUACCACUCUGACUGCUGAAGAACGGGCAGGGGAUCAUUCUAGCCACAAUGUGAGCAUCAACCAGCAGCCCACAGACGAAACUUCCAUAGGCGAAGUGCUGGUGUGCUUGUCGAUGCUCAAUUUGAAGCAGUAG